AUGGGUGUCGGGGCCUUUAUGGAGCCGCUGGUCGUCGUGACCUUGCUAUUCGGCGGCACAUGGGUCAACCGAAACACAAAGUACCGCAUAUUCGACCGUCGUAGAGACCACUCGAGCUCGCGAUCAACGUCGCCCGACAGCUCUGUCGAAUCUGGCCGCUCCAGUCCACGUUCCAGCGCAUCGCUGCUUGAUGGCUACCGAGCAUCUUCGCCGUCGUUGCUCACCGGUCAAGUACCACACUGGAGGAAACGCGAGAUACGGCUGCUCGGUUUCCGGGCCGAAGUGGUGUCGCCAAAUUCGCGGAGGUUUGAGGGGUACUUCUUGAGUCGGUUGCUCCAGAAGUUCCCAUUCCUCGUCGAGGCGUGGUAUUGGGCGUUGAUCUACUGGGUAUACCAGCUUGGGCGUGCUUUUACCGCUCUUACUCUCGUAGAAGAGACUGUCGACGUAGCCCGCCAACAUGCCCUUACCCUCAUCCAUGUUGAGCAGCGCCUCCAUAUUUUCCAUGAACUCGAUAUCCAGCAUUGGUUCCUGCAGCAUCCCUUCCUCAUGCACUGGACGAACCGCAUCUACUCCUUCAUCCACAUCCCAGGCACCAUCUUGUUCCUCGUCUGGCUCUUCUAUUAUACCACCACCCGCAAUCGCCUCGACCUCCCACUCCCCAACAAGCCUCUUGGCGAAGCAGACGGCUCACCCGCCGGCCCUCGCCUCUACGCCGCCCGUCGCCGCACCAUGGCCGUCUGCAACCUCCUCGCUUUCAUCGUCUUCACCCUCUGGCCAUGUAUGCCGCCGCGCCUCCUCUCCGAUCCCACCGUUUCCGGCUCUGUCGGCGAAGAAGCCCGCAGCUUCGGCUUCGUAGACACAGUACACGGUGCUGAGGGCGAAAGCAGCGUCUGGACGCAGAACAAAUUUUGCAAUCAGUAUGCUGCUAUGCCCUCGCUGCACUUUGGGUACUCCCUCCUCAUCGGCCUGACCAUCUGCUCUAUCCCGCUUGCGCCGCAACACCGCCGCUCCCGCUCUUUUGCCAUCCCACUACUUCGUUUGCGCCUUCGUAUGCUGUCGCCGCGCCGCUUCGCGUGCCUUGUCAUUGGUAUCGCGUACCCGACUAUCAUCCUCAUUGCCAUCAUCGCGACGGCGAACCACUUCAUUCUGGACGCUGUGGCGGGCGCAUGCGUCUGCGGUAUAGCGUGGACUGGAAAUCACGUACUCUUGAAUCUGCUCCCCGUGGAGGACUACUUCCUGUGGUGUGUGCGGAUCCAUAAGCCCGAGCGGCGGACCGUGUUGCUUGAUGGCGAGGAGGAGGAGGAGGAGACUUGGGGCCGCGAGACGGUAAGGGGAAAGGGAGCGCUGUUCAACUGA